UCUUCAAAUGGAAUUUCUUUUAGGCGUACCUUUAGUUUUACCGCAACGUGAACCUUUCAUGUGUUCGCAUCAUUUAUAUGUUAUUGAUUUUUUAAGACCAAAUAUCAAAAGACUUUCGUUACAUAGAAUAGUCCAUGGCAAGGGUCCAUCAAUAAGAACUCAAUAUCCACGAAUUUGUGUUUUGUCAUGCGUUUUGCAUUCUUUGGUUUCAUAACAGUUUUGACUUAAAUUUACACUUGUAAUGUCUAUAAUACAGGCUCUUUAUAUGCAAUGCUCCGAUUACGUAAUCCACAUCCUGUACUUCUCGGAAAUCGAGUUUUAGAAAUAAUGCUACUUUUCCCUUUUAUAUACCCUGAAAUCCAUUUGCUGCUACCUAUGUGGCCAAACAGUUUUUUAUAUUAUUAUUCACUCAUGAUUCAAUUUAUUGGAGUUCUGACAACAAUACUUAAGGAUAUAUGAAAAACUUAUCUGUGUUAUACCUUAUUUAGCCUGUCAUCUAUAGUACUUAAGAAAUCAAGAAAAUACUAUAUUUUUAAUGAAGUUUCAUGGUAUAAUACAUUAUGUUCUUAUAUUAUUAAAAUCUUUUUCAUAUAUAUAUCUUGUCUCUUACUCUUUGUUAAUUCGGAAAGUUUGGUAUAGUUUGGUAUAGGUUGAGUUUCAAUUAUUCUUCACUUACAAUGCUGGUAACACAUGGAAACAACAGAGCAAAGGAAUCAGAUAAAUAUUUGACACAGAACUGAGAGAGAGUACCAUUCACAGGAAAGCCAAAACGAGAAUCCAUCCAAACAUGCAAUUUUUAUGUCUUGAAGAAGAAAAGAUAUUGCCGCAUGUUAGUAAGACCAGGCCUGAAUUACUGCGGUCAACACCUUGUCGAAGAACCUGAUGCAGACAAGUCCUACCAACGUAAGAGAAUACCUUGUCCCCUCGACCCAAAGCACUCUUGCUUUGAAGACAAUGUAGACCAUCAUAUACUAAAAUGCAAUGCAAGAGAGAUGACAGACCUUCCGUACAUGAAGCGCAACAUAAACCAAAGAGCUGGCGUGGAGGAAGAGCCGACGAAAACUCCAUUAUCAGCCCUCUCAGAUCAAGAAUUACUGGCUUUCAUAGCUAAGGUGGAAAAAGUUCAUCAAGAUCAUGUUGGAACAAUAGAAGAAUCAGUAUUAAACCAUAGUGCACUGGAUGAGGAGAUGAAGACACCAGGGUAUGGUUUGAGUGUGAUCAGACACUUAGGCCAGAACUCAUCAUUGCUUGGACACCUGGAGCAGUGUGGUCUGCUGGAUACAAAGUCCAAGCCCACUUGUUAUGUUGAAUUUGGUGCUGGUAGAGGGCAACUUACACACUGGUUGACUGAAACUGUAACUGACACCAAAAAGGCCAUGUUUGUGCUCGUGGACAGAGGGAGUCAGAGAUACAAAUUUGAUGCUAAACUGAAGUACAGAGAGGAAUUAUCACUGUGUCGGAUCAGGGUUGACAUACAACAUCUUGAUCUUAGUAACAUCGAAGGAAUAGAAUCCUGCAGUCACAUUGUUGGUGUUGGCAAGCACUUGUGUGGAGGUGCAACUGACCUGACAUUAUACUGUCUGUCAAAAUUGAGUGACCCUGCUGUUUCUGGUUUGGCUUUUGCUCUGUGUUGCCAUCACCGCUGUACCUGGACAUCAUAUGUAGGCAUUAACUUCUUCCAGGAAUGUGGCUUCAACCCUGAAGAGUUCUACACCUUAACAUCCCUCACAAGUUGGGCAACCUGUAACUCACGCGAUGUUGAAAGUAGGGAAGAAAAGCAAGUCACUGGUGAGGAAGAAAAUGGUUUGUCCAUUGCUGAUAAGGAAGGCAACCCCAAAGACAAACAAACAGUGGAGAACCGCUACACCAGACUGAGCCUAUCAGCCCAAUAUAGAGAGGAAGUUGGGAGGAAAGCUAAACAGAUACUUGAUUAUGGUCGUGUCAAAUUCUUACAAAACUGUGGAUUUAGGAGCCGAUUAGUCCAAUAUGUUACAAAAGACAUGACUUUAGAAAACAUUGCUCUGAUAGCAGAAGCUUAAAGUUUUAAUAGAAAGUUAUUGCAAGGGAUUCAUUGUACACUAUGCUUGUUUUUUAAAUGUUGAGGUAUGUUAACUAAUGCUUUAAUGCCUUUUUUAUUAUUUUUGUUAUUUAAUGCACUUUAAUUUGACAUAUCUAUGUAAUUUUUUACUUUUAAUGAAUAAAAGCCUAGCUUAGAUCUUUAUUGAGAGUUUAUAAAAUGUGAAUACAGAUAUUGUCAGGAAUUUGUUUUAUUAUUUUUUUUUCAUGUUAUAGUGGCUUUAUGUAUUAUGUCAUCGUAAGUCAAAAAUGUUAUUGGCUGUUGAUUCAUCCGCCUCAUGAAUUACCAGAUUUAAAAAAAAAAAAAAAUAUGAACUAUCUAUUUUCCUAGUAAUCUUUUGCAGAUCAUUUUCAAGUAGUUUUUUUUUUUUUUUUUUUUUUUUUUUUUACUGAUGUUAUAAAAUAAUGCCCUGUAGCACAUUGAAAAUUUGCUGAUUUUUCAUUACUGGUCUUUGGUGUGACCUUGUUAACCAUGUUAAAGCAUAUCUUAAAAUAGAUAUCAGUAAAAGCAGAAUAAGGGUUCUUUACAGUUAUACAUCAAGAUCUUCUGUUUUAUGUAUUUAUUUAAUUUUUUCAUAAUUACUGUUACUGUAGAUUCAAAUAUAGUAUUGAAACUUUAGUAAGUUGCACAGAGGCCCAGAGUAUGAAAGUCUGUUUAUUGAGUUGUAAGAAUAGAUUUUUAUUCUUAAUGAUAAAAAAAAAUCCUGUAAUUUUCUAUAUUUACAAACAAAUAUGCAAUAAAAAGAUCUAACUCCCUUUUGUAA